AUUAUUGGUGGUGAAUUUUUAUGACAGUUGUUUAAUCCAGUUAGCGAUACGCGCACAUAUUUUUUGAUAAAAUUCCAGAUUGCAUUUACGUACUGUUAUAUCUCGCCUACGAAAAAAACCUAAAUACUUAAGCAAUGGCGGCUGAGAAGAGGAUAGACAUCACCCAGCCUCUUUGGGACCAGUCCACGUUUGUGGGUAGAUUUAAGCAUUUUGCCUUCAUAUCCAACCCUCUAUUAUCACUGGCUUCUGAAACUGAGCUGCAUCAAGCCAAGGAUCUAUACUUAAAGUACAAAGCAGGACAAGAACCAGCUGGUACCAAACAUGAGCAAGUAGUGAGGGCGAAGCAACUGUAUGAGUCAGCUUUCCAUCCCGACAGCGGCGAACUGCAGAAUGUGUUUGGAAGGAUGUCGUUCCAGAUGCCAGGAGGAUGCUUGAUCACGGGCGCUAUGCUGCAGUGGUACAGAACACCAGUUGCAGUGGUCUUCUGGCAAUGGGUGAACCAGUCCUUCAACGCCCUGGUCAACUACACCAACCGCAACGCGAACUCCCCACUCACGACCACGCAGAUGGGCGUGGCUUAUGUCUCCGCUACGUCAGCCGCUAUGACGACUGCCCUUAUCUUCAAGUUCAGCGUUCAGAAGCGGGCCAAAAACCCUAUUUUGGCUAGGUUCGUGCCAUUCGUUGCAGUGGCGGCCGCCAACUGGGUAAACAUUCCAUUAAUGAGACAGAAUGAGAUUCGUUUAGGUUUGGACGUAACAGAUGAGAAUGGCAAAGUAAUCGGCAAGUCUCAGUUGGCACCUGCCAAAGGAAUCUCGCAAGUUGUCACUUCAAGGAUCGUGAUGUGCGCGCCAGGCAUGUUGCUGCUGCCGGUCAUCAUGGAGCGGCUCGAGCCCAGGGCCUGGAUGCAGAGGAUCCGCUGGGCCCACAUCGGGAUACAGACCGCUAUAGUCGGCAUGUUCCUUACAUUCAUGGUGCCAACAGCCUGCGCAAUCUUCCCGCAAAGAUGUAAACUCUCAAUUGACACAAUAAAACGUUUUGAGAAGGACAACUAUGAACAAAUACUAAAGAACACGGAUGGUAAGCCUCCGGAAUACGUGUACUUCAACAAGGGGCUGUAAACUGUUAGAUGUAAGAACAAUUUCAAGAGGUUUCUAGCACGAAGUAGUGUACGAUCAAUGGUCAAGAAUAAU